GUUCUAGAUUGCUUUCUUCCAGUGCUCCGACGAUUUUCGAAUGAGAACUAGAAAACAUGCGCUCGUGGCUAUUCGUGGUUUCCGUCGCAUAUUGUCUAUGUUUAGCGCGUAAGUACUUGACGUUAUUUUUUACUAUAUGGUGAGAACUGUAAACUGUAUUUGGUAUAUGACUUUGUAUGCGCGCUUUUAAGGCCAUGACACACCGGACGCGAUUUGACAACUCUGCGCGAUUUUUCGAUUUUCACUGACCGAUAACUUUGAUCCUGCGCUAUAACAUUUUGAGGUCUUUGAUCUAGAUUUCUUUUCAAAUUUCCUUCCAUUGGCUGUUUUAUUAACUUUCAAAAACUGAACAAUCGCGCCGCGUUAUCGAAUCGCGUCCGGUGUGUCUUGGCCUUUAUAUGAAACGUGCUGACUGUUUGCGCGUUUUCUGUCUUCUUGAAUCUAGAUGCGCAAUUCAUAAAAUCUCUAUCGAGUCGGUUUCUGAUUUUUCCCAACUGUGGCGCUGUUGGAAAAUUCAGGCGAAUUCUUUGGCGUCAUAUUUAUCAUGAAAACAUUUCAAUUUCUUUAUUGAACGAUAAGAUGAAAUCCUAAGUUUGCAUGCAUUACUGUAUUUCCUGUGUUGAUUUUCCCGCGAUUAAUUAUCUGAUCGAUAUAGAACUAAGUUUUCAGAUAAACGCACGUAGGCCCACCACGUCUUGCCAUGUUGGCGUUUGUAACGGUGUCUGUCGAAGAAAAAAGUAAUGCUUUUACAUGACUUGGCGCUUGCAAAAUCGAUUUGUCACUUUCCAAUAACAUAUAGUCAGUUUCAAUACUUGUCCUUCCAAGAAUCGACUAUAGAUUUCGCCACUCGGUAGACUUUAUAAAUAUGAGGCUACAUAUAAUUGUGGAAAACAUGCAUUUCACAGCAUGAACUUGGCCUGUUUGUAACGUGAUAUUUUGUUUAUUAAUUGUUGAUGGGAUUUUCAGAUGGAAAUUUCGAGUGGAAUUUUUUAUACAUUUAUAUUCGGACCUAACCAAGAGCAGUUGCGAAAAUUGCAAUGAAAUUUAGCACGCUUGAGUUGUGCUGUUACGUCGCAAGGCUAUUCAAGAAUACAUGUCCGCGCGUACUGGCAGGCGAAUUUACACAAUUUACAACAAGGUGUACCCAUUUAUUGAUCAACAACUACUUACUGGAUCAAUAUUUAUCGACCUCAAAAAAGCAUUGGACGUGUCAAUCAUGAUUAUUUGCUUUACAAACCAAACCACUGUGGUUUGUGCAUGGUGUACGAAAUAAUAGUUUAGAUUGGUUUCGUGAAUAUUUGACUUCAUGAACACAAAAGAUACAUAGUACUCCGGAAUAUACUGUAUAUCCAGCACUUCAAGCGUGAAUCACAGAGUACCACAAGGACCUAUCCUUUGACCAUUUUUUAUCAAUAGACAACUUACCUCCAGGCGGAUAAAUGCUCUAAAGUAUGUGCGGAUGAUACUGUUGUUUAAUUCUCAGCUAUCUCGAUAAAUGACAUAAAGCGCAUAGAAUGAUUUGCAAAAAAACACAUCAUGAAUGAAUGAAAAUAAAUUGAUUCUAAGCGAAACUAGAACAAAAACUCUACUUUUUGAUACAAGAUACAAGCUUGGAAAGAUCCCAACUUUACUGUCUAUUUCUAUGGUAAAACAGGUUUCAAACUUCAAAUGGCUUGGUGUAAUCUUAGAUUUCCAGUUAGACUGGAAAGAACAUACAGAAUCUUUCGAUAUCCAGGUUGCUACGAGAUUGAAGCUAUUAUCUCGCAUUAGAUCUUGUCUCACUCCUGGCCCGCUUCUAUCUUUAAUACUAUCCUGAGCACCUUAUAGACAGCUCGAUGAUACAUUAUAGCAUGCCUACUUAUUUAUGUAACUCAUGCAUGGUAAUCAUAAGCUUAGCAAAUUUUACGUUUAAAUUUUGUAUUUCAUAUGGGUAUAUACAGUACUGAUUCGUGACCUAAAGCAUUUUAUUAAUUUUGCUCCCUAUGUCCUAUAUAGCCCCAGAAACAACACAAGUUCCAGUUAACACUGUGUCAAUACAAGGCUUGCCUGAUGUUGUAACAACGGAAGCACCAACAUCUACCACUGGAAUCGGUAAACUUGAUCUUUUACUUUGUUUUUUGUUAAUAUGUCAAUAAAUAUGCGAGUAUUUCACUAAGGAGAUAAAUUAGCGCACAUAUUCUAAUUUAGCUCCUGGUUCCUGGCGUUUAAUUUAAGACGUGCUGUAACCUUACGGUUUAUUUUUUUAUAAUUUCUUGACAAUAUUUCAGCAGUUAUUAAUUACCAUCUCGAUGUCACAAUUGUGAACCAUUGCCAAAAAAAUGUCAUAAUUAUCAUGACCUUUCCUGGUCGAGCACAUCAGCGAUUUGUGAUUCCUGUUGGUGGAAGUUAUCCAAUCAAAUCAACACCUUCUACACGUCAACAAAUAGUCAUCACAGCAUAUGAUGCAGAAACGUUUAUUCCAGUCAUGAUAAACGGCAAGAGCGCAGUUUUUGUAUUUCCAAGUGUUACACCAGUCAGUCUUAACUACUAUAUUUCUUCAGGUGAGUUAGAGCAUGGACAACACUUGAAUAACCUUUGUUUAUACCUAAUUUUCCACUCCGGCUGCAUGGGUAACUCGCAUAGUUACAGAAUUCAUAGAGAUAGUCUAAUCUUCGCGAGUUACCCGGUUCGAGUCGGCCCUUCUCGAUUAGACCUUAUGCAUAAUGACGUCACAAGGCUUAAUGCCCUCGAGAAACACUGGUCUUAAUAGUCAUCGUCCACGAAAAUUAAACAAUUCAAAAUGGCCACUAUCGAAAUUUUCCCUAGCGAUGACUACUAAGACCAGCAUUUCUCGCGGGCAUCACGCCUUGUGACGUCAUUAUGCAUAUGGUCUAUUCAUGCACUGGAACAAGUUAGCAAAAUAUUAUUUUUAUAAUUGAAAUAAAUCAUUAUUUUCAUAAUUGAAAUCCGUAGCUACCUCUGUUCUAACUUAUCCUUUUUGUAAACUGGGAGUGAAGUGCUUAGCCUUUCACCUCUAAGGUCGCAGGUUCAAAUCUCAGUGAGAACUUUCUCAAUGCGACUCGAACCCAGUCCUCAUGUGAAAAGAGUAAAAGUCAACGCUCUGCCGAACGUCGUGGGUUUUCUCCGGGUACUCCGAUUUCCUCCCACAGGGAAAGUUGACAGGGUGAGUUAGGUAAAAGGGCCCUGCACAAUAAUUGGCACAUGCUGUUGUGUUGAAGCUAAAUAAAUAAAUAAACAAAAAAACCUGCGCAUACCCGUUAUCCAAAGAUCUGCAUUGCCGGACAGCGAUGUAAAAAACAGGCAUUAGCCAAAUUUGUGUAUUCUUAUGAACAAAUUUUAUGCAAGAAUUCCAAGGAAUAUUCAUUGUUUUUAGACAUUACAGUGUUAGCGGAGACUUACGGUACCUUCUUUUAUAUCAUUGCUUUCAUUUCCAACGCAAUUAGCUCGAACUCAUUCUGUUUCAACACAAGUUUCAUCUGAUGCUGUGUCAACACAAGGCUCAACUGAUGCUCUAAAAACACAAGCUGCAACUGAUGCUGUAACAACGGAAUCACCAACCUCUACAACUGGAAUAGGUAAACUUGAUCGGUUACUUCAUUUUUAUUCAUUGAGUUGAAAAGACGAUGACGUACCACAACAGUACAUGUACAGUAUAUGUUAAGAUUGAAACCUGUAGAUUGCCUUUUAUCUGCACACACAUGCCCGUUAAAUUUGAAACCAUUGUAUUAGUUACAUUUGUGGUUGUGCCAAUAUUUAGUUAAAAGUUCUCAAUUAAUGUUAAUAAAUAUACGAGUAUUUCGUUAUGAAAAUCAUUACCAGAAAUUUGGGACAUUUGCAUCCUCGUUAAUUACAUAAUAAUUGAAAUUCACAAAAAAAUUACUUUUGACCUUCAUGGCAAUUGCAUGGUCAUGCUAUGCUAAUAAACGUGUACCAAAUUAGUUUAAAGACAAUGGUUUCUAUAGGUUUGAAUAACACAAUAAUUUAAUAUUUUGCAUUGCAUACCACUGUACCCUUCGACUGCCCAAAAGAGCAAGAAAAGAUGAACAUUGAGUGGCUUUUGGAACCGAGAACCAUGCAGAGAACCGAGAACCACGCUCGGGAACCGUGCAGAGCUAGAAGUUUAUAGUGCACGUUUUUGGCUUGAUCAUGUAGCUAAGAUACACAUGGGAAGAAAAAUAAGCAAUAACUGGCUUUGUAGUUCCUAUUGUGACUUAUGCGCACGCACACAGUCAUCUUGUCUCGAAUUUCUGGUAAUGUAAAUUAUCGUCCACUUUCUAAUUUAGCUCCUCUCCCUAAGUGAUGCUAAACUUAAUUUUUGUUCCUGGCAUUUAAUUUGAGUCGAAAGAUACAUUUUGUUUGAAAGAUACAUUGUGCAUUUUAGCUACUUGAAUACGGACCUGCAUUCGAUUCUGUAUUGUUUUCAAACAUUUAAACUUCAAGUAUUUAAGACGUGCUGUAACGUACAAUUUAAUUUUUUUUAUAACUUUUUGACAAUAUUUCAGUUAUUAUUUACCAUCUGGAUGUCACAAUUGUGAACCGUUACGGAAAAGAUGUCAUAAUUCUCGUAACACUUCCUGGUCGAGCAGCUCAGCGAUUUGUGAUUCCUGUUGGUGGAAGUUAUCCAAUCAAAUCGACAUUUUCUACACGUCAACAAACAGUCGUCACAGCAUAUGAUGCAGCAACGUUUAUUCCGGUCAUGAUAGAUGACAAGACCGCAGUUUUUGUAUUUCCAAGUAUUACACCAGUCAGUCGUAUCUACUAUAUUCCUUCAGGUGAGUUACAGCAUGGGCAAUGUGGUAAUAUUUAUUGUUUUCAGACAUUUCAGAUUUAGCGGAAAUUUACUGUACCUUAUUUUAUAUCAUUGCUUUCGACCCCAACCCAUUACCUCCAACUCAUUUUGUUUUAGCACAAGUUCCAAUUGAUGUUGUAUCAACACAUGCUCCAACUGAUGCUCUGUCGACACAAGGCUCAACUGAUGCUCUAAAAACACAAGCUCCGACUGAUGUUGUAACAACGGAAUCACCAACUUCUACAACUGGAAAUGGUAAAGUUGAUCUAUCACUUUGUUACUUUAUUCAUUGAUUUGAAAAGAAGAUGACCAUGCCAAGACUUAAACCUGUAGAUUGCCUUCUAUCGAUACACACAUGCCUUUAAAUCUUAGAUCGUUAAUUGUGUUACAUUUGUGGUAGUGACAAUAUUUAGUUAAAAGUUCUCAAUGAAUGAUAACAAAUAUGCGAGUAUUUCCUUAUGAAAAUAAAUUAUCGUCCACUUUCUAAUUUAGCUCCUCUCCGCAAGAAAUACUAAACUUAAUUUGGUCCCUGACAUUUAAUUUAAGUAGACGAAGGAUGUACAUUUUGGCUAUAGUGCUAACAUCUUUGACUACGGACCUGCAUUCUGCAUUUCAUGUGUCUUGAAUAACUUGGACUGCUGCUUUCAAACAUUUAAACUACGGGUAUGUAAGACGUAACGUAUGAUUGAAUCUUUUUAUGAUUUUUUGACAAUAUUUCAGUUAUUAUUUACCAUCUGGAUGUCACAAUUGUGAACCAUUACGGAAAAGGUGUCGUAAUUCUCGUAACUCUUCCUGGUCGAACAGCUCAGCGACUUGUGAUUCCUACUGGUGGAAGUUAUCCAAUCAAAUCAACUUUUUCUACAUCUCAACAAACAGUCAUCACAGCAUAUGAUGCAGCAACGUUUUAUCCAGUCAUGAUAGACGCGAAGAGCGCAGUUUUUCUAUUCCCAAGUGUUAAACCAGUCAGUCUUGUCUACUAUAUUUCUUCAGGUGAGUACCAGCAUGGACAACACGUAGCUCGCAUAAUUAUAGAAUUCAUACAGUGGAACAAAGUUAGCUAAUUAUUAUUUUAUAAUACAAACAAAAUUAUUUUCAUAAUUGCACGGGUAUGCGGGUAUGCUAUCACCUCAGGUAUUGACGAUACUGCCUUACGCAGUUAGUUAGUUAAUACUUAUUUAAAGAGAGAAAAAGUAAUGUUUGCACAGUUACCACAAAGAUAUUCUUCCGAAUGUCCCUCAUAAUAUAACUAAACAGUAUAUUGUAUACAUGACCUGUUACCAAAGCAUUGACAAAGCACAACAUGUUUGCAUAAAGCGCUGGAAAAUUCACCCACAUUUUAGUUCCAUUGGAGAAAGAACUUUUUAAGUUUUACUGUAAAAGAUGAAACCGUAUAAAUUUCCAGAGUUUUUAAAUUACGAUAGGUAAGGAAGACUUGCACCACUUUAAAGGUUUUAACGAAAGAGAACCUCGAUCAAGUCGGUCUGAGCAGACGUUGUGUUGCGAUAAAAAGCAAAGGAACAUAUUACACAGAUCAGACCCGCUGCUUUGCGGUAAGCUUUCUAAAGCAAAGGCUAGGGGAUCCAACCAUGCUUGUAGGUAACGCUAGUGGACGAUCCCUCCAGAAGCACCUUCAUUAUAUUUGUGCUUGGAAACGACUAUACUGCGGUACGCGACCGGCUUCGCUGUGUAGUAUAUAACUCAAGGUGAUUACCUCGACCCAAACGGAAGGAAGCCUUUCCGUAACUGUAGUAUACUGGUUAUAAGAAACACCACGAAUUGGAGUCUACAUGGGUAUUCCGCCAAGGACAGUUUCUAACAGUGCGAGAGCUGUUGAGCGUCUACCCGCCAUAAAAUUCGGCAGCCUCCAAACCAAUAGGCUAUUUGAGAACACAGUAUAAACCAGUGAUGCAUGGCAACACUGAGACUAGAGAGAUUUGGUAGGAAGGAACUAUGGCUGGUAGAAACGAAGGUACGAAGCUGAGCGGAGCAGUAGCGGAACGAUUUCAACGAGAAGUGUAAAUAUGUAAAAUAAGGGUACGAAAUAAAUUUGUCUUUGUCUUACUACUAGACAGUAGGAUGAAAGUGUCAGUGGAGCCGUACGUGGGGAGAAGAACAUUUUGGGUUCAGAAAUGGAAAAGGACGACAGACGCUAUGUUCAUUCCGAGACAGAUGAGGGAGAGAAAGCUGGAAUUCCAACGAGAAUUAUUGGGGCCUCCUGGAUUUGGAGAAGACGUAUGUCAAAAUGAAUAGAGAAAUGAUCCCACCAGUACUACGACAGUACCACGGUCCAGACGAACUGACAACCAUGGUGAUGGCUCUGUACACAUAUCAACAGGUGAUGGCUCUGCACAUAUCAACACCGAGCACUCAAAUGAUAACAUGCUUUUGUAAAACCAAGGCAUUGGAAGUGAAAAUGGGCUGACAUUAGGGCUAAGCUUUGAGUCCACUGUUGUACAUAAUUAAUACUGUUGGGCUACAUCAGCUAACGGUACCCAAUGCAGCGAGGACAAAAGGUAAUUUAUGUUGGUGAUAUCGGGUUGCGUAUCAAAAAAGCAGAGGAAUAACAAAAAGCAAUAAAGAAUUGGAAUAAUGAACUGCAGGGCGUGGUAUGCGGAUGAGUAAGGCAAAACGGCAGUAAUGCAAGUUUUAAGAGGACAGACAAUGCCACGAUUACAGAUUACAGUGGAUGGUCAGCAACGUAGUACUGCUGGAGACAACUGGUGAAGCUAACAACAGCCUUCAUAUACCUAGUCAGUUGGCUAUGCAGGAGUAUGGUGAUCUGGAUGGCGAGAUACAGGUAAGACUGGAGGGAACAGAAAACACAUGGAGGAAUAUUGGUGGAAUAAUAUUUGACAAACGGAUGCUAAUGAGACUGAAAACGAAGGUGUACAAGACUAUGGUAAGACCGGUAAUCCUAUAUGGCGCAGAGACUUGGGCAGUGAAAGAAGAACAAGUGAAGAAACUGGAGGUAGUGGAGGUGAGAUAUUUACGAGCUAUUAAAGAAGUAACGAGAAGAGAGAGAGAAUGAGAAACGAAGAAACAAGGAAGGAAUUGAACGUGGCGGAACUGAGAGAGAAGAUACUAGAAACUAGACUAAGACGGUAUGGCCACAUGAAGAGAAUGGAAGGAAAUGAGUUUGUCAAAUUGGCUGCCGAGCAUAGGGAGGAAGAAAGGACGACUGGGGAAUCGGCGGAUGGGUUGUGUGCAAGAUGAUGGUAGAGUGGUGAAUCUGGAUAAGUUGACGACAUAAUACAGGGAAAUAGUGUGCAGGCGACCUUGACUCCCCUUGAUGGGACAAAGGGGAUGAUGGUAAUGGAUUAUAAUGCAUGGCUACCAAGUAAACGCGCAUGCACGUUACCCUAAGUUACUGCAUUGGCAUGGGUAACUGUGCUAAAAACAAGCAUGGGUAGCUGUACUAAAUUUGUGUAUUUAUUUGUGUAUUAUAUGAACGAAUUCCAAGUAAUGUUUAUUAUUUUUAUACAUUUCAGAGUUAGCAGAAACUUACUGUACCUUAUUUUAUAUCAUUACUUUCAUCUCCAACACAAGCUCCAACUGAUGCUGCUGCGUCAACACAACCACCAACCCAUUCUGUUUCAACUGAAGGACCAACGGAUGUUGUGUCAACACAAGGCUCAACUGAUGUUGUAACAACGGAAUCACCAACUUCUACAACUGGGAUCGGUAAAGUUGAUCUUUUACUUUGUUUUUGUUUUUGUUCAUUGUAUUGAAAAAAAGAUGACUAUGUGAAAACUGAAACCUGUAGGAUUACCUUCUAUCGACACACACACACAUGCCUUUAAAACUGAAACAAUUGUGUUACAUUGUGCUAGAACCAAUAUUUAUUGCGAGUGUGUUGUUAUGGAAAUGAAUUCUCUUUCACUUUCUAAUUAGCUCCACUCCUCAAGAUUUAAUUUUCUAAUUUAGCUCCACUCCUCCGCAUUUACGUCGAUUUUGGCUACUAUAUAACAUCGUUGACUAUAUACAGACCUGUAUUCAACCUCGUACCCAGGAUCUUUCUUUGGGAAAGACCCUGGCUGUGGCUGGUCACGUGCCUCAUCAAAAAUUUAGCGCCCGAGGGGGUGUGGGGAAAGUAUCAAAUUACAUCAACAUGCUUCCAGUCGGAUAUUCGUUAAAAACAUAAAUUUUGUGAAUUAUUACGUUCAAAAUACUUGCUAAGUUUUGUUUAUUUUCUUUGCUUUGAAUUUACAAGAACAUUCUUACUUAUAGCCAAGUCAAAGAAACCAAGCAAAUCGUUACUCGCAGUGCUCGAGUCUCGUGUUGUUUAAAUACUCAAUGCAUGUUCUGUUCACACUCGAGCACGAUUAUAACAAACGUUUAUUGUAAUGUUUUUAAAAUACGCCAUUACAUUCGUCCAUUCUUGUAAAUGUUGAUACGCUUUGCACCGAUUCACUUGUUACUACGCGUCUUGUUUAUAAGAUUUUUAAAAGAAACAGUAUUGUCUAGGACUGGCCCAAUAUUAGCAAAUGUAAAUAUUUGAUAAUAGACACAAUAGCCGAACAGAGAAAUGUCCAUAAGCAUAGAGGAAAUUUCAUUCAUUGAUUUAUCUGGAUUUAGUACAUAAUUUGUAUUCGGUAAUUAUAGUAAGACUUUAGCCUUUUUCUUGGUCUCUAUUAAUCAUUAUAUUAUGUUAACAUACUAUAAUCUAUAUCACAAAUUUACAGUGUCAGAUGCGCACACCGUCAUUGGCGUCAUACGAAUAGACAUAAAUUUUCGAGUUUUCUACUUCUACUAACAUUUCAUUGUGAAUCACCUGUUUAUCUCUAAUUCAUUAAUCAUUUGCUACUUAUAUUUAUUUGAUAGUGUCAUAUAGUGAAUAAUGCGUUUACACACAAGCAAUCCUGGAUAUGAUAGACGAUGCAAGCUGUCCAUUAAAAAAUAACGGUAUUCUAUUUCACAGAGCAAAAAUUUAAAUCUCACUUGUAUUAUUAAGAAUGCAUAUAAAGCAAAAAAAAUAAAAAAUUAUAGCUUAUUUAUGUCAAAACGAAAGCUGUUUAAAAAUUUAUAAAGGUGGUGAACACUACUAAAGAGUGCUUAUUGAAAGACAUGUAUUAUAUAGUGACAUAUAAUUUGUCGUUUGACUUAUCUUUGGUGUAUGAUUUUAAUACCGUAGAUUUUCAACAGACAACUAUACUUUGACAUAUACCAUGAUCGUUGGUUUCAGCAAUGCCAAGGGCCAAUUUUAUAGUCUUUUGACGGGCUUUAAGUUUUUUUGAUAAGGCCUUUAUAUAGAUCAACAAAUAUCUGGAUACAGUUGGCGUCUUGGCGAUAUUUCGGAAAUCAAAAGAUCUCGAUAUUUCGUUGCAAAUAUUCCACAUCUCAUCAAUAAAUAAAUUCUUUUGGUCCGAGUAUCAGGAUAGACUUUAAUACUAAAUAAAUAACAACCACACUGUUCAGUCUGGAGAUAUAUAUUUUCUUGUAGGUUUAAUAUUGCCACGCUGCACAAGCGGCAAGCCGCCGCAAGCGUGCUUUCUUUGGCAAGUCUAUAAUGAAAUCUGAUCCAACUUGUUUGAAUUGUAACUCGACACCAGAUUAUAGAGUAGAACGUCACGAUAUAAAUAUUAAUUUAAUAAGAGUUCUCUUUACGAUUUCUUGUUGCAAAUUUACAGUAAAUUUCAUCACCCAAAGUUGCAAUUUUAAAACGCUACAAACACGCUCCUUUCCCACCCUUCUCACAGUUACAAUUAAAUUUACCUCCCAGAAUCUGGGAGGCACGUGACCAGCCGCAGCCAGGGUCUCUCCCAGAUGACAGAAGGAGAGACCCUGGGAACGAGGUUGACCUGUAUUCUGCAUGAAAACAUUCAUGUGACUUGAAUAACUUGCACUAUUGCUUUCAAACAUUUGAACUUUAAAUACUCAUGACGUGCUGUAACGUACGAUUUAAUUUUUUGCAUAAUUUUGUUGCAAUAUUUCAGUUAUUAUUUACCAUCUGGAUGUCACGAUUGUGAACCGUUACCAAAAAAAUGUUAUAAUUGUCAUGACCUUCCCUGGUCGAGCACAUCAACGAUUUGUGAUUCCUGUUGGUGGACGUUAUCCGAUCAAAUCAACACUUUCUACACGUCAACAAAUAGUCAUCACAGCAUAUGAUGCAGAAACGUUUAUUCCAGUUAUGAUAAACGGCAAGAGCGCAGUUUUUGUAUUCCCAAGUGUUACACCAGUCAGUCUUAUCUACAAUAUUCCUUCAGGUGAGUUACAGCAUGGACAACACUUGAAUAACCUUUGUUUAUACCACUCUUGAUAACUCGCAUAGCUGUAGAAUUCAUACAGUAGAACAAAGUUAGCUAAUUAUUUUUUGUAAUAUGAGAAAUAAACCAUUUUUUUCAUAAUACUGUAGCAAUGCGUAGCUACCUCUGUUCUAAUUUAUAGUUUUGCGAUAUUAACUUAAAAGCAAGCAUUAGCUAGCCAAAUUUAUGUAGUAUGAAGAAAUUUUAUGAAAGAAUUCCAAGUAAUAGUUAUGGUUUUUUUUACAUUUCACUAGUGUUCGCGGAAACUUACUGUACAGCUGUCUGUACCUUAUUUUAUACCAUUGCUUUCUUCUCCAUUCUCCAACAGAAACACCAACUGCUGUUCUGUCAACACAAGCUCCAAUUGAAGCUGUGUCAAGACAAAGCUUAACUUCUGCUGUAAUAACACAAGCUCCAACUGAUGUCAGUGCAACAACGGAAUCACCCACUUCUCUUUCUGGAAUCGGUAAACUUGAUCUGUCAUUUGUUGUUGUUUUGUU